AUGACGGUCGCGACCGGCGACCCCGCAGACGAAGCGGCUGCGCAUCCAGGUCAGCCUCGCGACCGCUACGAGCCCGAGCCAGAUCACGAGUGCUGCGAGAGGGUGGUCAUCAACAUCUCGGGCUUACGCUUCGAGACGCAGCUCAAGACCCUGUCCCAGUUUCCAGAGACACUCCUCGGCGAUCCGAAGAAACGGAUGAGGUACUUUGACCCCCUCCGGAACGAGUACUUUUUCGACCGCAAUCGACCAAGUUUUGAUGCCAUUCUUUAUUACUACCAAUCUGGAGGGAGGCUGCGGCGGCCCGUAAAUGUCACUCUUGAUAUUUUUUCCGAAGAGAUUCGCUUCUACGAGCUGGGCGAGGAGGCAAUGGAAAUCUUCAGGGAGGAUGAAGGUUUCAUAAAGGAGGAGGAGCGUCCGUUGCCAGACAAUGAGUUUCAGAGACAGGUGUGGCUGCUCUUUGAGUACCCUGAGAGCUCAGGUGCAGCUCGUAUCAUUGCCAUCAUCUCCGUCAUGGUGAUCCUUAUCUCUAUUGUUAGCUUCUGUUUAGAAACGCUGCCAAUUUUCCGAAUCGAAGAUGAGGAGAUGUACAAUUAUCCCUACCAAACCAAUUCCAACGUCACCACGACCUACGAGACCUCGCCGUAUUUUACCGAUCCUUUCUUCAUCGUGGAGACCCUUUGUAUCAUCUGGUUCUCAUUUGAGUUCCUUGUCAGGUUCUUUGCUUGUCCCAGCAAAGCGGGAUUUUUUGGCAACAUCAUGAACAUCAUUGAUAUCGUGGCAAUUAUUCCUUACUUCAUCACCCUUGGCACAGAGUUAGCAGAGAGGCCAGAGGAUAGAGAGGCCGGACAGCAGGCUAUGUCUUUGGCGAUUCUCCGUGUCAUUCGCUUGGUCAGAGUGUUUCGCAUUUUCAAACUCUCUCGUCACUCCAAGGGGCUCCAAAUCUUGGGACAGACUCUGAAGGCCAGUAUGCGCGAGCUGGGACUCCUCAUCUUCUUUCUCUUCAUUGGCGUCAUCCUCUUCUCCAGUGCCGUUUACUUUGCCGAAGCAGACGAGCCCCAGUCCCAGUUCAGCAGCAUCCCAGAGGCCUUUUGGUGGGCAGUGGUUUCCAUGACGACUGUCGGCUACGGAGACAUGGUCCCGACAACCAUCGGAGGAAAAAUUGUGGGGUCUCUUUGCGCUAUCGCUGGCGUUUUGACCAUCGCGCUGCCAGUGCCGGUCAUUGUGUCAAACUUCAACUACUUCUACCACAGAGAGACGGAGGGUGAAGAACAGGCUCAGUAUCUAAAUAUCCCGAGUGUGCCGAAAGCAAGCUCAGUUGAUGACCUGAAGAAGAGCGGUCGGAGUGGCAGCGGCUCAACCCUCAGUAAAUCUGACUAUGUGGAGAUUCAGGAAGCUGUCAACCACAGCGCUGAGGACUUCAGACCUGAGGGCAUGAAAACGGGAAACUGCACUCUCGCCAACGCCAACUACGUCAACAUCGCCAAGAUGCGCACGGAUGUAUAAUGUGAGCUAUUAUCGAUGAGUCGCCUCAUGUGGGGUCUGCAGUGACUGGAAUAGUGUGGCCCCACGUGACCAAUAUUUGCGGGGAGAAGUGUGGGAGUCCAGAGCAUAUGAAGGCACAAAGGUCGACAGGAGAAGACCUCAUGCUUGCCCACAU